AUCCACCGCUUCCAACUGAGAAACGGAAACAGGGCUCUAUGGUUUCUUCAUAAGAGAGGGAGAUUUAAGAGAGAGAAAGAGAGAGAUUUAAGAGAGAGACAAAGAGAGAGGAGAGAGAUGUUUAAGGGAGAGGAAAGAGAGAGAAGACUCAUUUGUUAAAGCUUGAAAAAGAUGGAGAGUUGACUUAUUACACCUCAUUACUGUUACCAGUGCCAUUAUCGGAGAAACAUCUGCUUGAACACAGAAGGAGAGAGAGAGAGGGGGUCAUGGAGCAAUUGAAGCCAAGCGAUGCCAACUCUGUGGCUCUGACGCCCGUCAGAUUCCUGGAUCGUGCGGCCACCGUUUACCCUGACUCCACCUCCAUCGUCUACAACCGCACCCGCUUCACCUGGUCCCAAACGCUCGAUCGGUGCACCCGCCUCGCCUCCUCUCUUUCCGCUCUCGGCAUCUCCAAAGGCCACGUCGUCUCUGUGAUGGUGCCCAACAUCCCGGCCAUGUAUGAGCUUCACUUCGCGGUGCCGAUGAGCGGUGCGGUGCUGAACACCAUCAACAUCAGGCUCGAUGCUCGCACUGUAUCAGUCCUCUUCCGACACAGCGAAGCGAAGCUGGUCUUUGUUGACUGCUCCCUCCUCCCCCUUGUCCGUGAAGCGAUCUCCCAGCUCUCCUCCCCUCCCCGAAUUGUCGUCAUCGAAGACGAAUAUGACGAUGCAGGAACGGGUGUGGAAGUGGAAGGAUCGGCCCUUACAUAUGAGGGGCUGGUGCAGCAGGGAGACCCUGCGUUCAAGUGGGUUGAGCCGCAGUCGGACUGGGACCCGAUGGUGCUGAAUUACACGUCCGGGACAACAUCGGCUCCGAAGGGUGUGGUCCACUGCCAUCGCGGCCUCUUCACAAUGACCAUAGCCUCGUUGAUCGAUUGGUGUGUGCCCGGUCAGCCGGUUUAUCUGUGGACGCUCCCGAUGUUCCAUGCGAAUGGGUGGAGCUUCCCGUGGGGCAUCGCGGCCAUGGGCGGGACAAAUGUCUGCCUCCGCCGCUUCGACCCCGCCUCAGUCUACAACGCCAUCACAGAGCACAGGGUCACCCACAUGUGCGGGGCGCCGGUUGUCCUCAACAUGCUUUCCAACGCCCCUGCCAAGCUCCAGCACACCGUCAACAUUUUAACCGCCGGAGCGCCUCCCCCGGCUGCAGUGCUUGCCCGCACUGAGGCCCUCGGCUUCACAGUCAGCCAUGGGUACGGCCUCACAGAGACUGCAGGACUUGCGACGUCCUGCGUCUGGAGAGGGGAAUGGGAUAAGCUACCGGGGAUGGAGCGUGCACGGCUCAAGGCACGGCAGGGGGUGCGCACAGUAGCCAUGACAGAGGCCGAUGUGCUCGAUCGCCAGACAAUGACGAGCGUGCCACGAGACGGUGCCCAUCUCGGGGAGAUCGCACUGAGAGGCUCGUGCGUGAUGCUCGGGUACCUCAAGGACCCCGAGGCGACCGCCAAGUGUUUGGUUAACGGCUGGUUUCUCACCGGAGAUGUGGGGGUGAUGCACCCGGACGGGUACAUAGAGAUCAAGGACAGGUCUAAGGAUGUAAUCAUAACAGGGGGCGAGAACGUGAGCAGUGUUCAGGUGGAGUCGGUGCUCUACGAGCAUCCAUCAGUGGAGGAGGCAGCGGUGGUGGCGAGGCCCGACGAGUUUUGGGGCGAGACUCCAUGUGCUUUCGUGAAGGCGAGGACCCAGACGCAGGAAGUAGGGGAGAAGGAGGUGGUGGCCUUCUGCCGGGGGAGGAUGCCCCAUUAUAUGGUCCCCAAAACUGUUGUCUUUGUGCCGGAAUUGCCAAAGACCUCGACAGGGAAGAUUCAGAAGUUUUUGUUGAGGGAGAAGGCCAAGGCCAUGGGCUCUGCCUCCUAUUCUUCCUCUACUCUCAGUCGCAUGUAGCAGUAGCAUUCGCCUGUGUAAGUUUAUUGCUCGUAGAUGGAUAAAAUAACAAAACAAAUAAAUAAUAAUAAUAAUAAUGGAAGAUUGUUGCUCAAAAAUUUCAGUGAAAAUAAGAUUGUUGUUAAAAAAUUUCAGUGAAAAUUAGUUGAGUUUAGUGAAUUUUCAUUGCUAGUCUCUGUUGUGUAUACUGAUUGUGGCUUUGAGCAAUUGGUGUUUUAAUGUUGUACUGGAUU